AUGUACGACCCUGUACCGGACCCCAGCCAGCCCUCAGCGUCAAGCUCUGAUGCCACGGGUGCUGCUGCUAACGGUGCUGCUGCUAGCGGUGCUGCUGCUGCUCCUGCUCGCGAUCUGUUCCUCAUGGGAGGGGCCAGCCUGCCUCAGACGCUAAUGCGCAGCAUCCAGCUUGGAGGUCAGUCCAGCCUGCUGCUGCGCCUGCUGCUCUCUUUUGUGUCUCGCCGGUCUGCCCAAGCAGUCGGCGUGCAACCGGGGCAUGAGUUCCGUGCAGCAAGGGAGGCUGCAGAUGCGAUUGGAGCACAGCUGGUGCUGGGAGAUCGACCCAUUGAGAUCACACUGCGCCGUGCAUGGAAGGCCCUUUCUCCUCUCGACCGCGCUCGCCUCGCCUCUGCUCUCCUGCAAGGCGGGCUGAAGGGGGACUCCCUGGAGCAGAGCGAGUUGAAAGGGGCGUUUCUAAGACAGCGUGAUUCCAAUGGUCAAGAGAUGGGGAGUGUGAAUGUGGAUGGAGAUGUUAUGGGGAGAGGGGGAGUGGUGGAGAAGGGAGUGGAAGAGGGAGAGGAAGAGGUGGAGUUUCUGUCGGCUGUUUUCCAGGAGGUUGCGCGGCAGUUUCCUACGCUCAUCGGGCCACUGGUGCAUGAGAGGGACGCGGAAUCGCGGUCAUUUCCACCUCUCCUCCUCACCAAUCCCCUCGUGCCACGUGUCUCGGUCGCCAACACGGCAGUUCCGAACAUCGCGUUUGCCACAGCAGCCGCGCCGGCACCAACAGCUGCCGGUGCUGCACUCGACACUGCUUCCUGGAAGCUUCUUGAGAGCGCCUUUGGGUUUUCCUUCCUCUACCCGUCCUCCUAUAUAGUCACAAUCAACCGCAAGAACGACCCAGCAGACGCCCCACUCACAGCCGACGGCGCUCAGGCCCUUGCUGUUGUGGGGAAUUUUGUCACCUUCGACACGAUGAGUGUCAUUCGCUAUGCCUUCACUCCAAACCCCGACAAGCUCGCUCCUCUCAUCCAACGGAUCCUGCCCAAUGGGAAUCUGAGCACCUCAUUGGUGGAGGACACGGUGUUCCCCAACCAGCCAAUCAUAGAGCUUCCUCUGGAUCUGCAAAAGAUCCUCUCGGCCCUGGCAUCACCUGCCGGACUCAGUUUCGAGAUCGAGGAGGGGAAGGGGGGCGUGGGUGAGGUGUGUGUCAGGGCAAGGGACAGACCUCGUUCAACCUUUAAUGUGCUUCUGUCUGCUCCCCUUCGCCCCUCUGUGCAGUGUGAUAACGGAGACGUGCCGAGGCAGGAUUGA